AUGGCUGAUAUUUCUGCACCUACGGUUGUUCCGGUAACAACAACUCAAGACGAUAUUACCGAGGAAUUUCCCCACAUUCAAAAACUUCAGAAUGUUUUGAUUCAAAUGCCAAGUGGCAAUAUCAAGAUGGUCAAUUUGAAGCCAAACACACAAGUCACUUUGGGCAAAUUCGGCACCUUCCAAGCGAACAACUUGAUUGAUCAGCCAUUUGGUGUUUCGUACGAGAUUUACGACGACAAAGGCAGCAUUCGUCCUGUCCGCAAUUUUUCGCUUUCCAUUGUUGGUAAAGAAACGACGGCAAAUAACCAGACAAUCGUCGAUGAUACAUCGGUGCAAAAGCUGACGCAUGAAGAGGUCGAAAAAUUGAAAGAGGAGGGACUCAAGGGCAACAUGGACGCAGAGGAAAUCAUCAAGAAAAUGGUGGCAUCUCAUGCCGAAUUCGACAAGAAGACCGAAUUUUCCAAAGCCAAAUACAUUUUACGAAAGAAGAAAAAGUUUAUGAAAGUGUUCACGCCCAUUCGUCCCACCAUGUACAAUAUUGCCCAAUAUUUCUUCAACAAAAAUCCCGACAAGAUCAAAAAUCUCCGCAUCGAUACACUUUCUCAACUGUUAGGCUUGGCUAAUGUACGAUCCAACGGUAAAUUGUUGGUGGUGGAUGAUACACAAGGCUUGAUUGUGGCCGCGGCUGCCGAACGUAUGGGUGGAUACGGCACCAUUGUUGGCCUUCAUGAAGGUUUAAACCACAACUAUGAUAUCCUGCGAUACAUGAACUUUUCGAAACACGUUCUUUCCACAAUUCAUACCGUCCCACUGUCCAAAGUCGAUCCCCAGGUUCCUGAUGAUCCAUGGGAAGAAUUGACGGAAGAAGAGUUCAAUAGCAAGAGUAUUGAUGAACAAAAAGGAUACAUGCGACGAAAGAAGAUGCACGAAACAAAGACAAAGUCUCGUCAACUGUUAUUGGAGGGUGGUUUCGAUGGGUAG